AUGGAGCGUAUAGCACAGCAAUACCGUAGUGGCAAAAGAGACAGCAACGGCAAUAGGAUGGCCUCUUCUGUUAUAUCGGAUAAGAGCCACAUUCAAAUCGAACAAGCUAGAAUGCGUGGUCAAAUGCCUGUGUAUAAAGGUGAAACUAUAAACUUGUCUAAUUUUCCACAAAACCCCAUCAAAUCAUGCAAAGAUUUGGACGAUGAUAACAUACGGCGAAACAACAAGAAUAGCCAUUCUAAAGUGCUACUGCUGGAUCUAUCCGCCGGUCCUAGCUCUACCACAUUUAUAGAUAAUACAAACGCUAGGGAUAUUACUGUUUUGCCGCUGCCACUACCUAGCACCUUGGUGAAAAGGUCAAAUUACCCAUUCGAGAGCUUGCUGAAGAAUUAUCUUGGUUCUGAGGAAAAGUAUAUCGAGUUCACUGAGAUCAUCAAAGCUUAUGACGUUUUCAUUUUCAACGAUUCGUUCAGCAAAUUUUCGAGCUGUUUAAAAACAACAUUUUGUCUCAUCGAGAAGUUUAAAAAUUUUGUCUACCAUUUGUUUCCAUCACCAUACCUUAAAUUCUUCCUUUUUGAGGGUUCUUUGAAUGAUUGUAAGGAAUCCUCCCUAGGUAAAAAUAAGAAAAACUGUAUCAUGCCAAAAUUAGAUUUAAACUUAAACGUAAACUUAACUUCAAAUUCUGCUUUAAAUCUGAGAAUAAAUAUACCUCCACCUGGUGAUUCAAAUAAAAUAUUUCUACAGUCUUUGAAAAAGGACCUUAUUCACUAUUCGCCAAAUUCUCUGCAAAAGUUUUUUCACUUCAACAUACCCUCCGAUCUAGUACCUAACGAUUCGAUUCUACCUAACUGGUUAAAACUCUACUCAGUAAAAGAAAACGAAAAGGCAAUUCUGAAGAAACUUUUUGACAACUUUGAGGUUCUAGAGAAAUUUGAAAUGGAAAGGUUGGAGAGAUGUUUGAAAUUCAAGAGGAUGCCCUCUUUGCAUCAAAAGCAACAAUCACAACAACAAAAGGUAUCACAAUCUGUAGAUAACUCGAAAUUAUAUUCUUUAACUAGUUUGCAAAGACAAUAUAAAAGCACUGCGAAAGGUAACGCGCAAAACAAUCAAAAUCUAAAGUUAAUCAUACCCAAAAUCAAUACAUCGUCAUCGUCAUCAUCCUUAUCCUCUGAUGACACUAUAAUGACGCCAAUAAAUGAUUACGAACUUACAGAGGGAAUCCAAUCUUUCACCAAAAAUAGAUACUCUAAUAUUUUACCUUAUGAACAUUCAAGGGUAAAAUUACCUCACUCUCCCAAACCUCUACUAGCUUCUGACAUACCUAAAGCCGAAACAAAAAUAGAUAAAACCUAUCCAAAAUGUUCCAUGGAUGUAAAAAACCAUUCCUGCAUAUCAAACGAUUAUAUUAACGCAAAUUAUUUGAAACUGUCACAAAUAAACCCUGACUUCAAAUACAUUGCUACUCAAGCGCCGCUUCCUUCCACGAUGGAUGAUUUUUGGAAAGUUAUCACCCUAAACAAAGUUAAAAUAAUAGUAUCACUAAAUUCUGAUGACGAAUUGAAUUUAAAAAAAUGGGAUAUUUAUUGGAAUAAUUCAUCGUGUUCCAACCACACUAUCAAGCUGCAAAACUCCUGGGAUAAUAUUUGCGAUAUCGAUGGAUGUGUUCUCAGAGUUUUCCAAGUCACAAAAUUAGCUUCCAAGAAUAAUAAUUUCAAGCAGGAUGACUGCAACACUCGUACUGGCGACAUUAUUUCCAAUACUAUAACAACCUCGGAGCCAUUUAUUGUUUACCAGUUACAAUACAAAAAAUGGCUGGAUUCAUGUGGUGUAGAUAUCAACGACAUUCUCAAACUACACAAAGUCAAAAAUUCUUUACUUUUUAAUCCACAAAAAUUCAUCAAAAGCCUUGAAAGAGACAUUUGCAGACCUGAUUUAAUAGAUGAUAAAAGUACUGAUACAUGUCUUGAUACAAUAAACUCAUCACCAUUAUUAGUUCAUUGUUCUGCAGGGUGCGGAAGAACUGGCGUUUUCGUCACAUUAGAUUUUUUACUAAGUGUCCUUUCAUCUACUACCAAUUGUUCAAACAAAAUUGAUGUUUGGAAUAUGUCUCAAGAUCUUAUUUUCAUCAUUGUGAAUGAAUUAAGAAAACAAAGGAUUUCAAUGGUACAGAAUCUAACCCAAUAUAUUGCUUGUUACGAGGCAUUGCUGAAUUAUUUUGCAUUGCGAAAGCAAAUUAAAAAUGAGUUAUUAUUUUAA